UAUCAUUAAACUCGUGGUUUUCUAUUCUCUGUGGUGUUCCUCAAAUAUCAUUUAAAUAGUUGAUUUGGUUCUUCAUUUGAUUACUACAAAAUUUCUACCCUUUGGUAGAUCACAAGCUAAAUCUGAUGGGGCAUCAAACCCUAUGAUAUUAGGGAAUUUGAAGAACACAAAACCAUCGAACACCUUAAAAAAAUCGAUUGGUUAUACCAUGGAUAUGGUGCAGACUGGUAGUGCGAUCUGCGGCAAUGAGAGACGCAGCUGCCUAAUUGUGUUUAGGGCUGUAGAUUUUCAUUAGGUUUAAAGUUCUAUCCGGUUUGCUCCUUAUAAUUUCAGUUUAUUCUAAGACCCACGAUCUGAUAUGUAUUCAAUUCUUUCAUACUCUCUCAGCUGGCAAACAAAUUAGGGCACAAAAGCUAAAAUCAUAUUGCGUAUUGGGUCCACAAAUCGAGAACAAUAUCCAGGAAAUAUAUAUAUGUCUAGCACAUCUUAAAUGGGUUCGAACUCAAUGCCUUGUCAAACGUGCAGUGAAGAUAGGAUCAGUAGAUUACCAGAUGGCAUUCUUUGUCACAUUCUUUCCUUCCUUGAUAUAACCGAGACUAUAAAGACCAGCGGUUUAUCACACAGAUGGAAGGAUGUGUGGGUUUCUUUUCCCAAUCUUAAGUUCAAUGUACAAAACCCGGAAUCUGACAAAGGCCGUAGUGCAGGAUUUGUGGAUCAAGUACUUUCCCAUAGUGGAUCGUCAAGCAUUCAGCGGUUCGAACUUGUAUGUUACGGGGUGGAUGAUUAUUUUUCUCGUGUUCAUGAUUGGGUUUGCACUGCUCUUAGGCGUAAUGUUGUUGAGCUCCUUCUUUAUUUGCUUCCAAAUCCAGGGAAGCUUUAUGAGUUUCCUCAAAGCCUUUUCAUGUGCAAGACUUUGUCGGUUUUGAAGCUGAGGCUGCAAUUCGAUCUUAUUGCUAUUCCCUCAAACUCUGAUUGUUUUCCACAUCUCAAAAUCCUCCAUGUUACAGUCUGUUGCCCGAAUGCUGACUCAAUAAAGAAACUUUUUUCAUGUUGUCCAGCACUUGAAGAUUUGGUUAUAGAUGGACUUAUUUCGAAAAUCGCCAGAGAAGAACGUCUCCUCUUGAGCUUCACUGUCUCUGCACCUAAACUCAGAAGACUACGAAUAUGUUUGCGGGGUGGUGCUAAGAACUACGUUUCUAUUAAUAUUAAUGCUCCACAUCUUGAAAAGUUGGAUCUCUUUGACAAUUUUUUGGUGGACUAUGAAUUGAAGAAUGAAAAAUCCCUAAGCACAGCCAAGAUUGCUGUCCAAAUUCAUAAGAGAUGUCAGAAUGAUCACCUCGACAAUGAUUAUGCUGCUCGCAUGCAUAGGCUUUUCGCAGGAAUUAUCAAUGUUAAGUAUCUCUCUCUUUCAGCUCCAAUUUUGAGAGAUUCUGAUCCUAAAUUUCAACAUCUUUUGCCUACAUUUUAUAAUUUGAACCACUUGGAAGUACUUCUUAAAACGUGCUGCUCCUGGAAAUCAUUGAUAAAGUUGCUCGAGAUCUCACCCAAUCUGGAGAAUCUUGUCUUUGAAAAUAACGUCGAAUGUUAUACUGCUGAUGACAACAAUGAGCUCCAUGAAUGGUGUCCACCGAACAUUGUGCCUAUUUGUUUGUUGUCAAGCCUGAAGUCUAUUUCCGUACGAGGAUACAAAUGGCGGCCAGAUGAGAUGGAAGUGGCAAAGUACAUGCUGGAGCAUGGUGUAGUUUUGAAGAAAGUGACAGUUUAUACUAGAAGUAUCCCUACGGAAAAACAAAUGGAGUUGGAGCAGGAGUUUUCAAAGUUCCCAAGGGCAUCAAAAACUUGCCAAACUGAACUUGUGGAACUCAAAGCAAAAGGUUAGACCAUUACCAAAUGUUGUGAACGGAAUCCUUUCUGUUCUGAUGGAACAUGAGUGACAUAACUUUGUAUUGUUUUUGGCUUUCUUUAAAUAAUCAUGGUGAAGAAAUUCGACACAAGUUCAUGCAAAACUAUGUGAGUCUACCUUUCCCAUUUAUGCGGAUGUGCGCAAGUUGUAGUCACCAAUCAGUUUGGAUGAAGGAAUUUAAGAUGAGAGGGCCAGCAACUUUCUUA